GGCCAAGUGAGAAGGCCAUGACAGCGUCGGCGGUCGUACUGGUGAUGUGCGGGUUGCCAGGAGCGGGCAAAUCCAGCCUUUGCCAAGCGCUAGCUACACACUACGAAUCCGGCGAUAAUGUGUCCGUCGAGUGGAUCUGCUACGACGACAUCUUCGACUCGUUUCGCCGCCAUGACGAGACGUUCGACCCGCUGGCUUGGCGUGACAUGCGCAUGGCUGUGGUUAAUCGUAUUCAGUCGCGUUUGCGGGAAUUCGCCGACACUGCCGAUAUAGUGAACCACAUCCUUCAUGUGUACGUCUGUGUGCGCGCUUGCGAUUCUUUUGGUGCAGCUGACCCUGUUUGCAAGGUUCCUCGUUGACGACAACAUGUACUACCGCAGCAUGCGCAAACGAUUCCAUCAACUGGCCCGAGAAUUUCGCGCUGGGUUUGGUCAAGUGUUUGUCACGACUUCCAACGAAAUUUGCUGGCAACGCAACCAAACUCGACCUGUUCCUGUCCCGGAGUCUGUGUUUGGUCGCAUGGCAUCGCUCCUGGAAGUUCCUGAUGCAAGUUCAAACGCAUGGGAGUCACACACCCUUCAAGUUGCGUUGGAAACCGAGUUGCAGAGGGACGAUGCAGUUGUGCGUACAAUGGAAUUCGUUUGGCGGAUCGCUCAGCAUCCCGAAUCAAGUCUUCAUGACGCAAAUGCCCUUGAAAAGGAAGCAAGCCGGGAAUCUAAUCGUCGCAGCGUUGUGCACUGUCUUGACGGGCGACUUCGGCGCCUCGUCGGGACAAUCCUCCGUGACGAGACAUCCAAGUCCGCGAUGGCAAAAUGUUUGAACACGGCAAAGGACACUGUGCUUGACCAAUGCCGACAGACAGCACCUUGUGACGUCGCCGAUGUCGAAGCCACAGUUGACGAGUUUGUCGCAGCUUUCCUUCACCUCGUCGAAGCAUCGCGCUAGAUUUCCAAGCCACCACCUCCAGCCCAUGCUCAACGUGACGGGACCCAGCCACACGUAGACCCAUUAAACCUCGUUUGACGCACGGAAUGAGCCAGCACGCAUGGAGCUUCUCACGUCGACGACUUAAUCUUCUCUCUGGACGACACUUCGAACAGCGUUUCGUGCAAUGUACGACUCUCUUAAGUACGACAUAUACUUAUGUGAGAAUGAAUGCCAACAUCAAUUGUUUUG